UAAUCAGGCUCCACGCUCAGUGCAGAGCACAGUGCGGGGCUCAAUCUCACGACCCUGGUAUCAAGACUCGAGCUGAAAUCAAGAGUUGACUGCUCAACUGACUGAGCCACCAGGUGCCCCAAUGCAACAGAUUUUUAUACACUGAUAUUGUGUCCUACAACACUAUAUCGUUGAUAUGAUUCAGGCUUUUUGUGUCCUAACUAGGAAGUCUUUACUUAAUCCUUUGUUUACGUUUUAAUGUAAUGCACCUAAAUUGCCCCCAAAUUCUCCACCAGAGCUGCCAGCUUCUUUCUGUGUCCAAACAUAGCACCCAAUGAGAGUGAGGGUGUGGAGGGAAGGGUCCAGGCUAAAUAUGGCCCAGCAGCCAAAUCUUUCCCUCUCCCUGUUUUUCAUAAGUAAAGUUUUAUUGGCGUACAAACAUGCUCAUUCAUUUACUUGUUUUCUGUGGCUGCUUUUGUGCUGCAGUGGCAGAUUGAGUAGUUGUAACAGAGACUUAAUGGCUCUCAAAGUCUACAAUAUUUACUUUCUACUUUUUUUACAAGAAAAGUUUGUUUGACACCUGAGAUAGUCUAUUAGUUCCUGCUUCUCCUUUUCUUGAGGAUAACACUCCUGGAGCCCUUUAUUCUUCUGUGUCUAUCUGGACAGAUUGUUUUUAUUUUUUUAUUAAAAAAAUUUUUUUUAAUGUUCAUUUAUUUUUGAGAGAGAGGGAAAGAGAGAGGGAGACACAGAAUCCAAAGCAGGCUCCAGGCUCUGAGCUGUCAGCACAGAGCCUGACAUGGGGCUCAAAUUCAUGAACCAUGACCUGAGCCAAAGUGGGAGGCUUAACCAACUGAGUCACCUAGGUGCCCCUGGGCAGAUUGUUUUUAAAAUCUGCAUAGGUGCUAUUCUGAAAAAUUCCUGUUCCUUUCUCCUUUGUUAGAUCCCUCUCUUUCUGGGAUCCCAAGUCUUUUUUGUUUGUUUGUUUGUUUCAUUUCCUCCUGAUAGAAUAUAUUUUUUAUUUUCCUACAAAAAGAGACUGGAUGGGAAGUAAAUUGAUAUCACUCUUGACAGAGAAUCCUAGGUGGUUAGUUUAUUUUCCCUGAGAAUUUUGAAAACAUUGCUUUAUAUUACUUUCCAGCUUCCAGCGUUGCUAUCAAUAAAUCUAAAGACUUUCCAACUCAGGGUUUGUUGUAACCUGUUCUUCUUUUCUGAAAACUUUUGGAAUCUUUUCUUCAUCCCCAGUCUUUUAAUAUGUCAAAGAGAGGUGCCUCUUGUUUAUUUUUAAAACUAAAUAUUCUGGGUAUUGUGUUGAUCUUUUUUAGAUGGAAAACUCAUGUUCUUCAUUCUAGGAUAUUUUUUUCUCUGAUGAUUGCCUCUCAUUCUGAUUUUCUUAGAUACAUACUGAUUGCAUGUUGGACCACUUAGAUUAAUAUCUUUUUUCUUUUUUAAGUAUUCUUAUUUCUUUUAUGUGCUCCCCUACCCCAUGUUUAUGAAACUAUUAAUGCUGUUGAGGAGGAGGAUUUUUACCUUUUUCCUUUGGAAAAUUGCAAAUAUAUACCAAAAAAAUAGUAAAAUAAACCCUCAGGUACUUGUCACUCAUUCUCAACAAUUAUUAAUUCAUAAGCAAGCUAUUAAUUUUGAAGCAUAUCUCAGAAUUUCAUUACAUUCAUACAUAUUUUGGAAUAUGACCCUAAUGGAUAAGGACUUUCAUUAAAACAAAUUAUCAUUAUAAAAACUAUAAAAAAUAAUUUUUUAAGGUCAUCAGAUAUCCCAUCAUUGUCUAAGUUUCCAGGGGUAUCAUAAUUUAAUGUAAAAGACCUCAAAUCUGCACCCAAACAAAGUCAUUCAUACUGUGAUUGAUUAAUGUGCUUUUUAGUCUUAGUUAAAUUCCCCCUCCGUAUAUCUCUCCCUCUCUCUUUUUCUCUUCUCUCUUAUCUGUGUGCAUAGUUUAUUGAAGAAAUCUGAUUAUCCAGUAGUUUCCUACAGUCUGGAUUUGCUGACUUGCAGGUUGAAGAUUUCAACACUAAACUUGCACAAUGUCUUUGAAACCAAGAGUAGUAGAUUUUGAUGAGACAUGGAACAAACUUUUAACGACAAUCAAAGCUGUUGUCAUGUUGGAAUACGUUGAAAGAGCAACAUGGAACGAUCGCUUCUCAGAUAUCUAUGCUUUAUGUGUGGCCUAUCCUGAACCCCUUGGAGAAAGACUUUAUACAGAAACUAAGAUUUUUUUGGAAAAUCACGUACGGCAUUUGCACAAGAGAGUUCUGGAGUCUGAAGAGCAAGUACUUGUUAUGUAUCAUAGGUAUUGGGAGGAGUAUAGCAAAGGUGCAGACUAUAUGGACUGCUUGUAUAGGUAUCUCAACACCCAGUUUAUUAAAAAGAAUAAAUUGACAGAAGCUGACCUUCAGUAUGGCUACGGUGGUGUAGAUAUGAAUGAACCACUUAUGGAAAUAGGAGAGCUAGCAUUGGAUAUGUGGAGGAAAUUGAUGGUUGAACCACUUCAGACCAUCCUUAUCCGAAUGCUGCUCCGAGAAAUAAAAAAUGAUCGUGGUGGAGAAGACCCAAACCAGAAAGUAAUCCAUGGGGUUAUUAACUCCUUUGUUCAUGUUGAACAGUAUAAGAAAAAAUUCCCCUUAAAGUUUUAUCAGGAAAUCUUUGAGUCUCCCUUUCUGACUGAAACAGGAGAAUAUUACAAACAAGAAGCUUCAAAUUUAUUACAAGAAUCAAACUGCUCACAGUAUAUGGAAAAGGUUCUAGGUAGAUUAAAAGAUGAAGAAAUUCGAUGUCGAAAAUACUUGCAUCCAAGUUCAUAUACUAAAGUGAUUCAUGAAUGUCAGCAACGAAUGGUAGCAGACCACUUACAGUUCUUACAUGCAGAAUGUCAUAAUAUCAUCCGACAAGAGAAAAAAAAUGACAUGGCAAAUAUGUAUGUCUUACUUCGUGCUGUGUCCACUGGUUUACCUCAUAUGAUUCAGGAGCUGCAAAAUCAUAUCCAUGAUGAGGGCCUUAGAGCAACCAGUAAUCUUACUCAGGAAAAUAUGCCAACACUAUUUGUGGAGUCAGUUUUGGAAGUACAUGGUAAAUUUGUUCAACUAAUCAACACUGUUUUAAAUGGUGAUCAGCACUUUAUGAGUGCAUUGGAUAAGGCCCUUACAUCGGUUGUAAAUUACAGAGAACCCAAGUCUGUUUGCAAAGCACCUGAACUGCUUGCCAAGUACUGUGACAACUUACUAAAGAAGUCAGCGAAGGGGAUGACUGAGAAUGAAGUAGAAGACAAACUCACGAGCUUCAUCACUGUUUUCAAGUAUAUCGAUGAUAAAGAUGUUUUUCAAAAGUUCUACGCAAGAAUGCUGGCGAAGCGUUUAAUUCACGGGUUAUCUAUGUCUAUGGAUUCUGAAGAAGCCAUGAUCAAUAAAUUAAAGCAAGCCUGUGGUUAUGAGUUUACCAGCAAGCUUCAUCGGAUGUAUACAGAUAUGAGUGUCAGUGCUGAUCUCAACAAUAAGUUCAACAAUUUUAUCAAAAAUCAAGACACAGUAAUAGAUUUGGGAAUUAGUUUUCAAAUAUAUGUUCUACAGGCUGGUGCAUGGCCUCUUACUCAGGCUCCUUCAUCUACAUUUGCAAUUCCCCAGGAAUUGGAAAAAAGUGUACAGAUGUUUGAAUUAUUUUACAGCCAGCAUUUUAGUGGAAGGAAACUUACAUGGUUACAUUAUCUCUGUACAGGUGAAGUUAAAAUGAACUAUUUGGGCAAACCAUAUGUAGCCAUGGUUACAACAUACCAAAUGGCAGUUCUUCUUGCCUUUAACAACAGUGAAACUGUCAGCUAUAAAGAGCUUCAAGACAGCACUCAAAUGAAUGAAAAGGAACUGACAAAAACAAUCAAAUCAUUACUUGAUGUGAAAAUGAUUAACCAUGAUUCAGAAAAGGAAGACAUUGAUGCAGAAUCUUCAUUUUCAUUAAAUAUGAACUUUAGCAGUAAAAGAACAAAAUUUAAAAUUACUACAUCGAUGCAGAAAGACACCCCACAGGAAAUGGAGCAGACUAGAAGUGCUGUAGAUGAGGACCGGAAAAUGUAUCUCCAAGCUGCUAUAGUUCGUAUCAUGAAAGCACGAAAAGUACUUCGGCAUAAUGCCCUUAUUCAAGAGGUGAUUAGCCAGUCAAGAGCUAGGUUUAAUCCUAGUAUCAGCAUGAUUAAGAAGUGUAUUGAAGUUCUGAUAGACAAACAGUACAUCGAACGCAGCCAAGCGUCAGCAGAUGAAUACAGUUACGUAGCGUGAUGUCGCUCUCCUCUAGUGUGGGUGUGAGAAGAUCAUUGCCAUCACCAUUUGGUGUGUUCCUGUGGGAAAAAGCAGGCCUGUGCCUCCAUAAUUUGGUCAUUUGGCAGCCCCUGUUUUUCUGCUGUUUACAACAUCACCAGUGCCACGUCAUGAGCGUCAGAGAAAAUGCCUAGAGAUAUUUCAAGCUCAUGUCAUUAUGACAUUUCUUAAAACUUUAUUAAAAGAAUGAGUGAAGUAUUGCUGAAAUGUGGAAAUUUGGUUGGGUACCAUGCUUUUUCUCCCCUUCACGUUUGCAGUUGAUGUGUUUUUUUUUUUUUUUUUUUUUAAUGUAUCUUAAAGGACAUAAAAUAAAAAACUUAAAUAUUGUAAUAUGACAGAUAACCUAAUAAUUGUAUCUACAUUAAAAUGACAAACAUGAUAUUGCUGCUUGUCAAAUAAAAAAAAUAAAGAAAUAGAAUGCCUUUUUUAUGUGGAUGGAGCAUCACACAUAAUAGUAUAAAUAUAAAUGUUCAUGAGUCAUCAAAGCAGCUAAUGAAGCUUUAGUUGCAUUUUUAUCUGAAUGGUUUAACUCGCUUUUACUCCUACUUAAGUCCUACAUGAAAAAUGUCUAGAUUAUUGUUCUUGAAUGCAUAAAAAUGCAUUCAACAUAAAGAAUGUUUUAUUUUUAUGGACUGGAACUACAUUGGAUAUGAGCAUUUUGAAUGUUGAGGAUUUAAUUCUAUCAAGAGUUUCUGGUGAUAUGCUUACACCGCAGAAAUAAAGGAUGAGGAGAAUAUGUGGUGGCCUCAAGUCUGGAUAGAAAGUGUUUCUCAUCCAGAAGUUGUCUUUUAUUUUCAUAAUACAUUAAUUCUAAUGUAGACAGAUACCCAGCUGUCUUACCUCUCCUUCUACCUUUCUCUGAGUUAUAGGAGAUCCUGUGAUACCAGUGUAUUCCUUCCAUUCUCUUACCUGUGUAUUACCCUUACACCCCUAUACAUUUUGAUACUAAAUUCACUCUCAUAAGUCACAGGUGUGCUUAGCAAUGUGUAACCUAAAUACCUUUGUUUUUGUCUGUAUGGUGCAUUACACCGGAUGCCACUUAUUAUAGACAUGAAAUUCCACUAUUUUGUUUAUUAUAUAUGUUAACAACAGUAUUAGACUACUCCAGUCUAUUAUAUUUAUUACCCAUCUAUAAGCUGGAAUAUUUUAAAGAGUAUCCCAUGUGAAUCAUUUUACUUACAGUACUUUAGUUUGUAUCUCUGACAGAUAAGAUCUUUUUUAAAAACAACAAAAACACAACUUUAAUGACAUUAUUACACCUAACAAAAAAUAAUUACUUAAUAUCAUCUAAUAUGUGGUCUUGUUGCAAAAAUGGCUUCUGCAGUUGGUUUGUUCGAUUGCACUUUUUCUGACUCAUGUCUCUUUAAGUGUUGGGAAAAUCUAAGCUUAUAACGACUUACUUAUAAACUGUAUCUCUCAUUUUACCUUUCUUUCUAGAGAGGAAGUAAUGGCAAACCAUACAAUAUUGUACAUUCACUGUCAAAAAACAAACCUUGUUUUGAUGACUUGUUGAUAAAGUUUCCAAAUUGACUCCUUUUUUCUUAAAUAUUUAUAAAUGUUAAAUUAAGUCUUGGUAUCUAAAUUGUCAAGAAAAUAUAUUAUAUUGAAAAAUGGACAAAAUACUUGUGCUGAGGUCUACAGAAGUGACUGCCAAGAGUUUUCUUCACAUCUUUUUCUCAUUUUACCAGAAAGGAAACAUUAAAGAUAUACUCACGCAUGAGGAGGAAGAGGCCAGAUACACUUAACCAAGUCACCAUCCAAGAGGGAGCAGCGUUUAGAAUGAAUUCUAGCACAGACCUUCUGCUGAGGAGAAUGAAGGGAAGGCUGCAGUCUUGUCAAGUUAGGUCAGGCACUUGAAAUCAUUACGAGCCUAGCACAUAGCCCAGAGCACUAACCUGACAGGCCCUGUGUACGGUACCUAGUGCUUGUGGGCAGAGGAGGUCAAAGCUACAAAAGGGGAAGAAGCGGAAGGAGAGGAAAGGGUUCUCUGUGCUUUAUCUUGGAAAACAAAAAUAAUGUGAGCAAAACUUUCAGAAGUUCUUAAAAAAUUAUUAUUAAUACUGAGGUAGUUAAUGUGUGAGUCAGUGAUACAUUUUCCAGCCAGACAGCAUGCUGCUUUUGUUCACGUUCUGUCCUUCUCUUUGAAACCAGAUUAUUUUAAUUGCUGCUGUAGUUUUAUUCUAGGGGUUUAGUCUAAGAUUUUAUGACCGUUUGCUUUAAUAUAAACAAAGAUAUACUCUGGGGUUUGUGCUUUGCUUUAUUUAUAACGUACUACCUUUAUAGGAUUUUAUAACCUGUAUAUGCUACAAUGCUAUAAAGUUCUGUUAAUUUUUUUAA